AUGAAGCCACACACGCUGUCUGCCAUCUGCCCGGUACGGUUGAAACCGGGAUUCAUCCGUGAAGAGCACACUUCUCCAGUGGCCAUCGAAGUUGUGAGGCCGAUUCGGGUCGUGAACGCAUUCCGUAGCUCUCUCUACGAAGGCCUUGAGAAACCAGACUCCAGACCGUCCAUCCACAACUUCAUGACCCACCCAGAGUUUAGGAUAGAGGACUCCACCCCCCACAUCCCCCUGAUUGAUGACACUGACUUAGAGGAGGACCCAUCGCUGAGGAACACCCACCAGCCCCAGACAGGCAGCCAGCCCCAGUCCCCCAACAAGAACAACAACGCCGUGGACAGCGGCAUCAACCUCACCAUCGACACCACCAGUAAAUCAGCUGCAUCCUCCGGCCCAGCCAGCCCACUGCACAGUCUGGAGACCUCCCUCUAGUGGCCAGCAGCUGGCUGGUGGAGACCUCUGCAGCUUUGGAGAUGUCCCUCUGGCAGAGCAGUGUCCCUCUGACAGCUCCCCACUGGAAGCCUUUGUCUUCAGGCCUGGUAGAGAACUUACUUACUGCAGCCUGGUGGCUCCCACACUGCAGUUUGGAGACUUCCGUCUUGCAGUCUCAUGGAGACAUCAUUGGUCUGCAGUUUGGAUACCUUCCUCUUUCUCCUGAUGUCUCCUGGUGUCUCCUGGUGUCUCCUGCUGUCUCCUGAUGUCUCCUGGUGUCUCCUGGUGUCUCCUGCUGUCUCCUGAUGUCUCCUGAUGUCUCCUGAUGUCUCCUGUCUCCUGCUCUUGUCUCCUGCUGUCUCCUGCUGUCUCCUGCUGUCUCCUGAUGUCUCCUGAUGUUUCCUGUCUCCUGUCUCCUGUCUCUGCUGUACCUGGAGAAAGCAUACUACUACAGCUAUACAAUCAGAAAGGGCAACAAAGUCAACGCACAUGACCUGAGUGUGUGUGUGCGUGUCUGUACGGUAUGUAU